CUCUUAACUUUUCGUGGGGUGAUGCAUAGAUAGGAUGAUUCCGGUGAGACUAUUACGUUCGUGUUUGUGUUGCUUGCCUGCCUUGCCCUGGUGAGCAUAGCUGCACUUUUGCUGGGUAAUUAUGACGACCGAGUGGAACCGCGCGAGAAUCAUUCAAGGCCAAGCUGAUUCCCAGCUCAAUGAUCUAGGAGAAACCCAGGCCGCUAUGACUGGAGAAGCGUUGAAGGCAAUCCACUUCGACAAAGCUUUUACGAGCGAUCUUUCAAGAGCUUCCAAGACGGCUGAAAUAAUUCUGCAGCAUCAUCCCGAUGUCAUCUUGGUGAAAGAUCAAGCUCUGAGAGAGAGGUUCAUGGGGAAGUUACAAGGAACCAAAGGACCAGCGAACCCAAGCGAACCUUCCCUUGAAUCCCACGAAGCCAUGCUCGAGCGAUCCGUCGGGUGGUAUAAUCGCGAGAUUGUUCCAUACAUCUUAUCCCUUGUCGACAAUCCUGACGAAAGAUGUCGGAACAUUCUAAUUACGUCGCAUGGAUGGCUUAUAAGUUCAUUUUUCAAGUCCAUGAUAGCGACCGGGGUAUUGGAGUGCACCGAUGAUCUAUUAGGAGCUUCGCCGAGAAUACCUAAUGCUAGCUUAUCAGUGGUGGAAUACAGCACGAUUGGAUCUGGGAAACAACGGAGAAUUGGGUCUACUGUUGUUCAGUACGGAGAUGACUCACAUUUGACCGGGACGCAAACUCUGCGGGACAAUGCAGAUAUGGAUGCCCUUCGAUCGUGAUUAUAUUGAUGUUGUCAUAUUUUCCAUAGCUCUGUCACACAUACCAACUUAGAUGAUAUACCGUCCUCUUCUCUUUUCAGCUUGACCUCGAGACUGUCGAUUUUUGCGAAGUGGUGUCCGACUUGCUUCAUGGACCAUGGUUUAUCUGCACACGUCCUAUUGGAAUGUCUUUUUCUCACAGCUACUAUGCAAUGUAAGGGGAAACCUUUGUCG